UCUCGGGGGAGCUGGGCCAGGCCCAGGCAACCUGGCUUUAGCCAGACGGGGCGGUCCGGGCCUGCGGGUCCUGCGCCAGCACCGUCGGCGGCGUGGCCAGCGUGGGCAGCGAGAGAGCACAGGUGGCCUCCGGGCGGGAGGCUGGGCUGGGUGUGGUGGGGACGGGACUGGACGGACCCACCUGGCCCCACCCCGCCUCGGCUGAGCGCACCGGCCCGGAGCCUGCAGAGCGGCGGGCGCACGGACGCGGGAGGAGACCUGGCGCGUGGGCGCCGGCCGGGUAGACGCGGUGCGGGCCUGGAGCGGGCGAUGGCCUCCCCGUGGAAGGAAAUCCUGCUGGAGACCCUGCUGGGAUAUGUUUCUUGGUCUCUGUACCAUGACCUGGCACCGAUGAUCUUUUACUUUCCCCUGCAAACACUGGAGCUCACUGGGCUGGAAGUUUUUGGUGUAGCCUUUCUUUCCCCAAUACUCCUAACAAUUACUCCUUUCUGGAAACUGGUUAACAAGAAAUGGAUGCUGACCUUGCUGCGGAUCAUCACUGUUGGCAGCAUUGCCUCCUUCCAGGCUCCAAAUGCCAAGCUUCGACUGGUGGUUCUGGCCCUGGGUGUGUCCUCUUCGCUGAUAAUGCAAACUGUAACUUGGUGGUCAGGAAACAGCUUGCAAAGGUACCUCAGAAUCUGGGGCUUCAUUUUAGGACAGAUUCUCCUUGUUGUCCUCCGAAUAUGGUACACCUCACUAAACCCAAUCUGGAGUUAUCAGAUGUCCAACAGAGUGAUGCUGACCCUAAGUACAAUAGCUAUACUUGAUCGCAUUGGCACAGAUGGCUACUGCAGUAAACCUGAAGAGAAGAAGACUAGCAAGGCAGCCAAGGGUGUGGCCUGUAGACCUCACUGGCCAUUGGCAGGGGCUGCCUUUGGAACCCUUGUGUUCCUCACCCACUGGAUCUUCGGAGAAGUCUCUCUUGUUUCCAGAUGGGCAGUGAGUGGUCAUCCCUACCCAGGGCCAGGUCCUAACCCAUUUGGAGGUGCAGUUCUGCUGAGUUUGACAAGUGGAUUGAUGCUUUCAUCAUGUUCCUGGUUUCAUGGCACUAUCUGGUGGGCUAUAGGAGCGGCUUCGGCUGGAGGCCUCCUCUACCUGCGCACGUGGGCAGCCGCAGUUUCCGGAUGCGUGCUGGCCACCUUCACAGGGUCCAUGUGGCCUCAAGUGCUUGGACACCUUGUUAGCUCAGGGACAAGGCCUGGGGAGACCAUGGCCGUGGCCAUGAUAGUUUAUGUUCUAGACAUGUUCUUCUGUGCAUGGUGCACAGCUUUUAAGUUUGUUCCGGGAGGAGUCUACGCUAGAGAAAGAUCAGAUGUGCUCCUGGGGUCCAUGAUGCUAAUUAUUGGGCUGAAUAUGUUAUUUGGUUCAAAGAAAAACCUUGAUUUUCUUCUGCAAACAAAAAACAGUCCUAAAGUACCUUUCAGAAAGAGUGAUAAAUACAUUAAACUUUUGUUGUGGCUACUCGUUGGUGUGGGGUUGUUGGGAUUAGGACUACGACAUAAAACCUAUGAAAGGAAAUUGGGCAAGAGGGCACCAACCAAAGAGGUCUGCGCGGCCAUCUGGCCUUUCAGGUUUGGAUACGACAAUGAAGGAUGGUCUAGUCUAGAAAGAUCGGCCCAGCUGCUCAAUCAGACAGGUGCAGAUUUUAUAACAAUUUUGGAGAGUGAUGCUUCUAAGCCCUAUGUGGGGAACAAUGACUUAACCAUGUGGCUAGGGGAGAGGUUGGGUUUCUAUACAGACUUUGGUCCAAGCACACGGGAUCACACUUGGGGGAUUAUGGUACUGUCAAGAUACCCAAUUGUGAAAUCAGAGCAUCACCUUCUUCCGUCGCCAGAGGGCGAGAUCGCACCAGCCAUAACCCUGACUGUGAACAUCUCAGACAAACUGGUGGAUUUUGUUGUGACACACUUCGGGAAUCAUGAAGAUGAUCUUGACAGAAAACUGCAAGCUAUUGCUGUUUCAAAACUAUUGAAAAAUUCCUCUAAUCAAGUGAUAUUUCUGGGUUAUAUUACUUCAGCACCUGGUUCCAGAGAUUAUCAACAGCUCACUGAACAUGGCAAUGUAAAGGAUAUCGACAGCACAGAUCAGGACAGGUGGUGUGAAUAUAUUAUGUAUCGGGGGCUGAUCAGGUUGGGUUACGCAAGAAUUUCCCAUGCUGAACUAAGUGAUUCUGAAAUUCAGAUGGCCAAAUUUAGGAUCCCCGAUGACCCCAUUAAUUACAGAGACAAUCAGAAAGUGGUCAUAGACCACAGAGAGGUUCCCAGGAAAAUUCAUUUCAAUCCCAGUUCUGGGAUUUGUUUUAUUUACUACAUGGAAACCUGCCUCAUUUUUCACCAAAUGGCAAAAGCACUGAAGAAUACCUUGGAAAUCUACAUCAUAUGUGAGCCGGGGGAAAAUGCCCUCCCAUGUGCUUCUGACUGUGAAGCUGAAUGGCACAUCACUUACAUAGAGCCAGGAUUUCAAAGUUACAACAAAAUUAAAGUUCAAUCAAAGCAUCAUUCACUCGGAACAUUUUCACUUCAUGGAUAUCAAGUAGAUUGUAUACUUGCAGUGGCUAGAAUUUCCAUAAAAGGAACAACAGGGGAGCUAGAUUGGAUUACUUAAAAGCCAUGGUAGCUGUUAUCAUAAAGGGAAAAAAUGAAGGCAGAGAAAGAUUAUAGGAAUGGAGUUAACUGAAAAUGAGCACAGAGCUCCUGAGCUCUACAGGGGAAUAUCACUGGGAAUAUGAGCUGUGCCCAUCUGAUGCUUCUCUCUCUUAUUGGCAGUGCCUGAGGUUUGGGUUGCUUCUCUGGCCAGGAAAGCCAGUGUGCCUAAGAUUAGUGCAGUGGUUUCCAAAAUGGUCUCUUAUUUCUAUGUCUACACCAGACAGUCUUCUGAGGCACAGGUAAAAAUCAUUAGAAUUAUUAUUGUUUUUCUGGUGUAUUUUGAAUUUCUAUAUUUGGGUUAGGUUUAUAGCAAUGCUAUUCAAAGGAGAUCUCCUACAGGCAGAGUUAACAUCAGCUGGGGACCUGUUAGAAAUGCAAAUUCUUGCGUUCCAUCUCAAACCUAUUGUACAUCUGAAGCUGUAGAUUUGGGGUUAAUGAUUGUCCUUUAACAAGCUCUCUAUGUGAUUUUGAUACCCACUAAAGUUUGAAGAACAAACUCCCAGUGUAUGCUGUAAACACACAUACAUGAGAGACAUGCUUAGAAAAUUUUAAUUUUAAGAUGCUCAAACAAAAAUGUCUGAAGAUGAUGCUGUAGUGGAAAUGCUGACUCAGGAACCACAGAUGCUCCUCUCCCCCUUUCUUCUCAUUUUGCUAGUUAACCCUGGGAUGGAGAGAUCAUUUAGCCUCUUUUACUUCCUAGGUGAGCAUAAGUGAGUUACUUAACCACUCUAAAGAAUGAGAAUGUUGUGAGAUGCCUCUAGAUCACAGGCUGUCGUGAGUUCAGUGAGCUCAGGCUUACCCAAAGCAGGUAGGAAGCCUGAAGCACAAAAUAGAUGCUCCAUUCUUCCUUGUCUGGCUAGCUGAGGAGCCUACAGCAUCAGAAGUUUAAGUUCUCCAGCAUUUAGCCCCCAAACAUAUUAGUGUGUUAUGUGAAUAGAAGCCAAAAGAGUCUCUUACCAUAACCUACACAUUGUGAAGCCUUGACAAUAAAACCAUAUGGAAAGAGCAAUGAACAGGGUUGUUUAAAAUAUAUUUUGUCCUUUCCAAGAGUUGCAUGUAAUUUUCCACUGAAAUUCCAUGCUGCAAGAAAUAACAGUAACAUGUAGUACUAUAGGUUGUAGCAGUUCAAUGUCACAGUGUUAUGAGAAACAGCUAGUAAAGACACAUUACUGGUUAUAGUGAUAGAACAGGCAUUUAUAGUUCUGACUUAGGCUGUGUGUGCUUUAUCCUAGCUCCUGGACACAGCAAAGUGGGUGAUGGUGUCGCCAGUUGGCUGAUGGUUCUUUUGCUCAAUUUGGACAGAAAUGAUAAAUAAGGAAGUGCAGCUCUUCUUAGGGUUAAUAGUCUCAAGCUUUGGAUGCCAGUGGCUAUCACCUAUUACUGCUAGUAGCCUUCAUCCACUCUCCUGGCAGAUAGAGCUAGCAGCUACUGGCAGCCUGCAGGAACUCUGUUGGAGACCAGAGAAGGAAGCUCCGAGCAACUCCAUUGCUUUCCAGCAUUGGCUGCUAACCUCACUCAGUGUUAGCGGCACCAGCUGUUGGGCAAUUUUGGUACCAGCCACCUUCAGUGUUAACAGCUAUUUGUACUAGCUAAGCAUGCUUUACUUAAGAUAGAAAUCACAAAUUGGCAAAACUAUGACACCUGCAAAAAGUUUUAUUCAGACUUGUGCUGCAGCAUAAGGGGAAAUGGUUCACAAACCAACCCACUAAGGGUAUGGGAAGAUGGCUUAUAUUGCGAGAAAAAAAGUGGGCUGGUGCAUGCACAGCAUCAAAUUUUCUCUUUAGCUGUGGGUAGGGAAGGGGAUCUGUGACAGUCAGGCUGGUUGUCGCUUGAUAGUCUUGAGAGCUGCCUAGGGAAUUCAUAGAGUAUACUUCUAGGUGUUUCUGGGUGCAUCCUGGAGGAGUGAUUUUCUGUAAUAUAUUUGGUUCCUAAUCCCUUCCUCUCUGGUGCUGUUCCCCUGCUCUGCUUCUGUGCACCAUGAGGUAAGCAGUGUUGCUCUACCACACCCUUCUGCCAUGAUGUUCCUGCCCUGGAGUCAGCCAAAACAUCCACUGAAUCCUCUGAAAUUGUGAGCCAAGUUAUAAGGGUACUGAUUCCAUCCAUGAGGGGAGAGGGUGGCCUAUCAAAGACCCCACAUCUUAAUGCAAUCAUAUCAGGGUUAGAAUUUCAACAUAUGAAAUGGGAGGGUAUAAACAUUCAAUGCAUAACAAUUCUCCGUGGCAGAACCCAAUUUGGGGAAAUUUGAGAAGAUAUUACACUCAUAAAAAAGGGAGAAAAGCUCUCAAACUUGAGUUAUGAGUUACCACACAGCUAUAGAUUAUACCACUGAUCUGGAAGCUCAAACCAAGUGGUUUGCACAGAACUCCAUGGAAAAAGUUAAAACCAAUGAAGGGCAAAAAUUGAGACACAUGAUGGAUAGGUCUAGAAGUUUAUGCAUUUUUGUUAAAGUAAAUAAUGAGGAAAAUGGAAGGGAAGACACAAUAGAAAUAAAUUUUAGGGCUGAAAAAAGAUAGGCAGCUUCUGAUUGAACAAAACCUUCAAAUCCUGAGCAGGAUGAAAGAGACUAAGUCCACGUUAAAGGACACUCUGAAGACAUUUUUAAAAUCACAGCUUCUGUUGCCACAGGAUCCAAAGAGAGAUUUUCAAAUUGCUUCAGAUUAUGGGGUUGGGAGUUAUUGCUUCAGUACCUUAACUCUUAAAAUAACUGCUCCUAUAUUCUGUUCUCAAAGUAUACAGCAAGUAGCCAAGGAAUGCAUCUUGAUCAAUGUGCCUCAAGAGGAAAUGCCACAAAAACAAUAAAUUUAGAUUCUAGGAUAGCAUCAUUUAUAGCAGAAUAUAAAGUAAUAGUGAGAUAAACAAUUUAUCGUGGAAGAAAAUAACUAUUUUAUAUUUGUGCCUGCAGUUGAAGUCCAUAGACGUCCUAUUGACUAUACAGACUGCAUUUAUUGAAAUCUUGCUGAGCAAGAAAACACUUGACCUUGAUAAUCUCUGUAGGACCUCCAAAGGAGGAGUUAGGAAAGGGUAUUUACACUAUUUGGAGCACUGGAGGUAGUCACAGGGUGGUGUUAGGCAGGGAUUGACAGAAUUUGUAAAUCUGGAAACUUGCUGGUAUUGUCUGUGGUCUUUGGAACACAGAAGUCUAUGUAAGUACUGUCACUAUGGUCUUAGAGUAUAUGGGUUUAAACAACUGCUUUUAAAAUAAUU